AUGUCCCAUCGAUCCUUCUCCAUACUAAAACGAGUCAUCACCCAUCACCCGAAUUCCUCUCAUCUCCUCUCCUCCCAAAGAUCAGUAACAUACAUGCCCCGUCCAGGAGACGGUGCGCCCCGACACGUUACCCUUAUUCCAGGCGACGGUAUCGGACCCCUUGUGACGAAAGCCGUCGAACAGGUGAUGGAGGCCAUGCACGCGCCGGUCCAUUUCGAGAAGUAUGAGGUGCACGGCGAUAUGAAGCAAGUUCCCCAGGAAGUUUUGGACUCCAUCAGGAAGAACAAGGUGUGCUUGAAAGGCGGCCUCAGGACCCCUGUAGGCGGUGGCGUUAGCUCUCUCAAUGUGCAGCUCAGGAAAGAGCUCGAUCUUUACGCAUCCCUUGUGAAUUGCUUUAAUCUACCAGGGCUACCCACGCGCCAUGAGAAUGUUGAUAUAGUAGUUAUUCGGGAGAAUACUGAAGGGGAAUACUCGGGACUAGAGCAUGAGGUGGUUCCCGGUGUUGUCGAAAGCCUCAAAGUGAUAACAAAGUUUUGUUCUGAGCGCAUUGCAAAAUAUGCUUUUGAGUAUGCUUAUUUAAACGGCAGAAAGAAGGUGACGGCUGUGCACAAAGCCAAUAUCAUGAAGCUCGCCGAUGGUUUAUUCCUUGAAUCUUGUCGAGAGGUUGCCAAAAAAUAUCGUGGGAUCAAGUACAAUGAGAUUAUUGUGGAUAACUGCUGCAUGCAACUGGUUUCCAAGCCUGAGCAAUUUGAUGUCAUGGUGACGCCAAAUCUGUAUGGCAAUCUUGUUGCAAAUACGGCUGCGGGUAUAGCUGGUGGCACUGGAGUUAUGCCUGGAGGGAAUGUUGGGGCUGAUUAUGCUGUUUUUGAGCAAGGUGCUUCAGCUGGGAAUGUGGGAAACCCGAAUUUGGUGGAACAAAAGAGGGCAAACCCAAUUGCUCUUCUUCUCUCCUCUGCUAUGAUGCUGAGACAUCUCCAAUUUCCAUCGUUUGCUGAUCGUUUAGAGACUUCCGUAAAACAUGUUAUCGCAGAGGGAAAAUACCGGACAAAAGACCUUGAAAAGAAAAAAGAAAAAAAAACAAAAGAGUCGUCUUCUUCCUCAAAUCAUCCAAAAUCGCUUCAACCACCACCGGUCGGCGUCGGCGUCGCCUCUUCCUCCUCAGCCCGUCCUCUUCCUCCCCAGUUCAAGCGAUCCCUCUUCCUCUUCCCUCGACUUUCGCACCGACCUCCAUCGCCUCUUCCUUCCACCACUACGACCGUCGUCGCCUCCUCCCACCACCACGACCUCCAUCGCCUCCUUCCCCACCACAACCUCAGCAAACCCGUAAACCACCAACAUCAAGCCAGAGUUCACAAACCCGUGAACCCACACCCCACAGCAUCUACAAUCUCUUCCUCAAAUUUCCCUCAAACCCGUGAACCCAAACCCGAAUUGCAAGUCCUAAUUCGAGAAUUCCCUGUAAAUUCUUCUGCUCAUUCUCACUGGAUGCAUAGCAUUGGAAGUGAUGGUGGCAAUAACGAAAAUAAAGCCCGCAUUCAGAGGAUUAUUGCAGCUGGAAAGGCUCUUGUAAAUGUGGUCCAGAUUGGGAAGGAGGUUAUUAUCUUCAAGCCAUCUAAGACUGAGAAGCAUGUGAGUGAAUUAACUUCAAAGUUAACUUCUUCAGAGGUUUCUGCUUCCACAGUUGGUGAUGGCAGGAUUCAUUGUGGAAAUUCUCUGUAA